UCUCUCUCUCUCUCACUUUCCUCAUAGCUACCCAAGAUGGCGGCAGCCUCAUCCAUCCAGCCGCCGAGCGUUCACUCUUCUCUCGCCCGGGAAAGCGCACUUUCCCCGGAGAUGGACAGCCCGGAGAGCCGGCAGCCAGAGGAUGAGGAGGCGGCGGCAGCGCAGCCCUCGGAGCCGGGGCUCAGCCUCCGCGACCUGCCGGACCUGGAGCCGGAGGAGAUCGAGAGGAGGCUGGCCAAAACUCGCCAGGAGCUGAGCAACAGGAGGAAAAUCCUCAUCAAGAACCUGCCGCCAGACACCACUAACCAGGAAGUCCAUGAAAUUUUGAAGGAGUAUGAGCUAAAAUACUGCUUUGUGGACCGCAACAAGGGCACAGCCUUUGUGACUUUGCUGAACGGGGACCAGGCUCAGGAUGCCAUCCGCUCCCUCCAUCACAGCACAGUCCGGGGCCGCCUGAUCAACGUCACCCUGCAGCCCACUGACUCCCUGCUCUGCCUCACCAACCUGCCCCACACCUUCACCGCCCAGCAGUUUGAGGAGCUGGUGCGCUCCUAUGGCAACAUCGAGCGCUCAUUCCUGGUGUACAGCGAGCUGACGGGCCACUCCAAGGGGUAUGGGUUCGUUGAAUACAUGAAGAAGGACUCCGCGUCGCGUGCCCGCUCUGAGCUGCUGGGCCGACAACAGGGCGAUCGGUCGUUGAUGGUGCAGUGGAUGGAUGUGAACCAGCUGAGCCAAGAGCAGAACCUCCAUUCAAAAUGCCUUUGUGUGGAUCGGCUGCCGCUGGACCUCUGCGACUCUGAGGAACUGACUCAGCUCUUCUCCGAAACCUACAAGCCUGUCUUCUGCCAGCUCGCACAGGAUGAGGGCAGCCCAGUGCGGGGUUUUGGAGUGGUGGAGUACGAGAGCGCAGAACAAGCGGAGGCGGUGCUGAUCGAGAUGGACCGAACGCUGCUGGGUGGACAGGAGAUCCGUCUGUCACUCUGCAGCCCCGGCACCUCAGGGAGAAGCACCCUGGCUGCACUCAUCGCCGCCCAGGGUGUGAUGCUGAGUAACAGGAAGGGCCUGCUACCAGAGCCCAAUCUGGCCCAGCUGUUGACCAGUAUGACCAACCCUGCUGCCCUGCAAAUCCUUAUGAGACCUUACCACACUGGGAAAAGAGGAGGGAAGUACGGCCGUCACGCCAGCCUGCCGUUCCUCAGGCCUCCGCUCACCACCGCCCUGCUCACGCUGGGCAAAGCGCACCAGAGUGCUAUGCUGGGUAAUGGACUAGUCCUCCAGAACCUCCUGCACAUGCAGCUGGCCCAGCAACAGCUCCUCCACAUCAAAGAUAAGCGCAUCAGCAGAGAUGUCUCCAGUCUGCUAGGAGACCCAUCCAGGCUGCUGAUGCAGAAAGCCUUGUCCCUGAGGCCUCCGGGCCCCGUGGCCCUGGGGAAGGGGCUUCUGGGAGACUCCCCCAUUGAGUUGGGCCAGGAGUCUGUGCCAGUGUCUACCCACAAUGCCACAGUGGUGGUGUCGGCGGCUGGCAUGAUGCCCUACCUGCAGGGCCGGGCUGCAGGUGGAGAGCAGAACAGUGCCCAUCCUAUUUCCACAACUCCCGCUGCCUCCUCCGCCUCUUCCUCCUCCUCUUCCUCGUCCUCCUCCUCUGACAGGCAGCCUGCACCUCCUGGGACUGUGAUGAGCUCCCAGCCCCAGGGACAGAGCUACUCUCUGGGCAUAAGUAACUCAGGCCUCGGCCCCCCUCCCCCGAACGCCCCUGGAGGUCUUCAGAUGUCGACAGGCCAGCACAACAGCUCCGACGGCUGCCCGCCGGCUAGUAUGGCUGGCAGCAGUCAGAGCUCUCUACUGGGCGAGCCUCCCAAAGAAGUUAGACUUCCCUCUAACCCCUACCUGAAUCUAGCCAGUGUCAUGCCAGGGAUGGUUCUGCAAGGGCCAGUAGGGAGUAAAGCCCAGGGAGGGCAACCUGGCUCUGGGGUGUAUGCCAACUCGGUGGCCCCUGUGGCCUCCCAGGGCUCAGGCUCACUCUCCCACAGUGCAGCAGCCACUGCCACUGCCCCCUACAGCACUGAUACCUCCGGUGAUUACAGCCAAUACAGCCAGGCCUACACACAGGAGGCCAUGCAGCAGUGGUACCAGCACUAUCAAGCAGCACAAGCCCACAGCUACAGCGCCACUGCCACACAGGACAGCACAGCCACAGACUACAGCAAGGAGCACACACAGACUCCAUCAGUGUCCUCUUGGGAUUACAGUUCUUACAUGCAGGCGGUCACUCAGUAUUACUCCCAACCUGCAACAACCACCCAGGCCUACGCCAGCAAGGAGGUAGAUGUGUGCAAGCCUCUCGGAGUCUCCCUGCAUGCAGUCAGUAACGGCGCCCCCCCUCCACAGGCCGUUCUCCCAGCUGCUGCUGUGCUGCCAGCCUACAGCACCCUGCCCUUAAUGCCCGGCUUCCUCGGGGCGCCCCACCCAGCGGCGGCCGCACCGAGCCCCGUCACACACACACACUCCGCCGCCACCGACUGGAACGCCUACUACUAUAACCAGGCGAGGGGGCAUAAGAGGGAGUACCCUCAGUUGGCGAUGCAGGAAGUGACAUCAUCAGAAGGUGCCUACAUUGGACAGCACUCCCAAGGCCUCGGGGGGCAGUACGCCGAUUACUUUAAAAGGAAGAGGCUCUAGUAUGGACUGCAACUCCUUAAACCCUAAAGCUGAGGGAGGCAUGUACAGUGUCUGCAGGAUGUCACAGCUCCCUCUUGUGGCCAUUUCCUGGCUGCCAUUUUGCAUCCCGUGCAGUAGGUAUUCAGAUUAAUUUGGGAUGCAAAAUGCAUCAAGUUAAAGCAAGCCAUAGUGCUGUAUGAUGUUGGCACUUAAAUACACAUAGACACACACUCACACACACACACACACACACACACACACACACACAUACAUAAACACACACAGUGUUGCUUUUGUCCUGUUCAAGCCUUAAACUCUUUAACUUAAACUUAUCUUCUCUCAGUCUGUGUAAAUGGUUCUUAACUAAUUAUAAUCUGUACAUUUUUCUAAUGUAAUGUAAACUACAGUAUAUGUGUAUAAGCUGCUUUUGUAUAUCAAGCCAGUCUACCUGUCUGCCUUCUUAUACUGUCCAAGGACUGGUCUUUUAGUCAGGUUUCUCUCUCUCUCUCUUUCUCUCUCAAGUAUUUUCUCUCUCCCUCUCAAAGGGGAAAUGUGUCUAACGUUGCACACUCGGCUUUGAUACGUCGUUCUAACCGGCGUCUGUUUGUUCCCGCUUCACUGUCUCUCUUUCCUUUUAUCGCCUAGGUUUCUCUUUGUAUCUCCCCAUGGAGACUCUAAGUGCGUGUGUGUCUCUGUGUGUGCGUGCGUGUGUGUGUGUGUAUUUGCGUUAAUGCGUGUUGUUAUGCUGUAACUGUAGGAAGCGAUCAGCCAUUUCAGUCCCAAGGAUGGGGGCGCAUCAGGAAAAAGGGCCUGAACCAAUCAAAGCCCUUAACUGUGGAAACUGACAGCAGCUUCCAUCAGUCUGGUCUGAUGAACGGACAUGUCACUCUGGACAUUUCAUAGCCAUUGGACAGAGCCGAAAAUGCUGGUGUACAUACUACAGUGUAAUACAGAAUAUUGUAUUAAAGCCAUGCGUGACAGACAAUAUCAUAUAUAUAUAUAUAGAUAUAUAUAAAGGGCACUAGCAGCUCAUUUUUGGCUGUAUUGUACUAAAUGAAUGAAAGGCAGAUGCCGUGACACGUUUAAAUGUUUUGGUUUUUUUUUCUUAUGGUAUAUCUCAGUUGUUUCGGUGCCAUGAAACAUCUAAAGGGGGCAACACAGAAAAGUAAAAAGAAUGAACGUUCAAGGCGAUUCAGAUCAGAGUUCGCUUUAAAAUAUAUGAUAUUGAUUCAAAUUUGAUUCACGCAAAAGCUGUGGAGUUUGACAAUGAUUGUUUUUUACAUUUGAGCCAAAUCUCCUCUCCUUCUUCUUCUUCUCCUCCUCUUCUCUUCUCUUCUCUUUAAUACACUUAGACAUUUUUCUUGCUAUUGAUAUUGUAACCAGAAAGGAUUGGACUGUACUGUCAUACCCACUGUGUCACUGUGUGUGUGUUUGACCCCGUUUUUGGGUGUGGGUGACAUCACUGCCCCCUCCUCAUUUAGUUUUUCUUUCUUACUUACUUUUUUCUUUCUUUCUUUCUUUUCUUGUCGUUUAAGGAGCCAGGAAACAAAGCAGGCAGAACUAAUCAUGUUGCUCUCUCAGAGUUGACCCGCGUCUGGCUUCGGGCUCUCUUCUAACUUCAUUCACCGACGAGCAGAAAAAUCUGAUCCUUAACCUUUUGUGACACAGAUCUGUCUUUUCUUUUUUUUUCUUCACUCCCCAGGCUCUCUAAAGAGGGAAAUCAAGUUACAAUUAAUCUCAAACACAAAGUGAACUGUGGUCCAGUAUAGCAGCUACAUAAAAAUAAUAAUAAUAAUAAUAACUUUCCACUCUUUGCUUAUUAUUCCAGUCCCUUUUUUUUUUUUUUUUUUUUUUUUUUUUUUUUUUUUUUUUGCUCGUCCCGUUGUUAAUGAAGAUGCCUCCAACUUCACUGAACUGAAUUUUACUUGGUGUGCCUUUCAUCACCAAGAGGAAGAGCGCGCUUGCAGUAUUGAGGCUUUUGAGCAUGAGGUUUGGCCUCCUGUCUUAACGAGCAGGUAAUCACUGAACUGAGACUCCUGCCACAUAAUGAGCGCUCCGCAACGCCCGCAGUGUUACAGAGAACAGCUCAUACCUCAGUUAAUAAUAAUAAUAAUAAAAAAAAAAAAAAAAACCUGCUUGUUACACCGUCUUUGUAGUGUCCUCAUCCUGCACGUAACUAUCUGAUUAUACAUAAAUAAGCGCAAUAUUACUCACAUCGCCAUGGCAACUGAGCUCACACGGGCGGUGAAAUCUAAUAGAUGAGAUAAGCUAAUGUAUACACGCCUCAGCAUCCUGGCUGUAUCACUUUUUUUUUUUUUUUUAAAUCCUAGGAUAUCUAGUUUGUGUUAUCGGG